AUGGACAGCAACACACUUAUUCUACCUGGCUACUAUGGUGAGAUUGAUAGCAUCGGAAAUAUUUUGAUAAAUCCUCUAGAAAGGAAACCUACUGCCGUCACCACACACACUGCCGAGUCAGCUAACGACCUUGUCAAGAGCACUCCAUUGAUUCCUACACUGAUAUCUUCGGCACUGGCCUCUAUUCGUGGCGAAAUGGACAAAAUGAUGCUACGAUGCAGUAUGUCCCCUGCCAUCCGAGAGCAGCAGGAUGAAUUCAAUGUCAUAACCGACUGCGCGGGAAAAAUGCUGGUUGGCCAGUUCGGCAGUUUCAUCACAGAGUUCCUCGAUGUUUGGGACGGUACUAUUGAGGAAGGCGAUGUGUUUAUUACCAACGACACCUACCAAGUGCAGGGUGCCAUCAGUCACCUCAACGACAUCAUCGCCUUCUUGCCUAUUUUCCACAACGGUCGGAUCAUUGGGUUCGCAUCGCAAUUUGGCCACCUGACAGACGUUGGAGGUAUCGUGCCUGGAAGCAUGUCAAUCAACGCGACAUCCGUAUUCGAUGACGGCGUGCAGAUUCCAUGCAUAAAGCUUUAUACUCGUGGUGUUAUGAACAAAGAUCUGGUCGAUCUUCUUUGUCGAAACUCUCGCCAACCGGCAUGGUAUCGCUCUGACCUGACAGCCAUUGUGGCAUCCUGUUCUAUGGCUGCCACCAGAGUUCGGGAGUUGGCCACCCGUUUCGGAAGUGAAGUAUACCUGGCGGCGUGCUCGGAGCUGCUGUACCGGAACCGAAGUGGAUUCGCAAAGAUUAUCGAGCGCCAAUUCGAUGAUCUGGAAAGCAAAUUCACAGACUUCGUCGAUGAUGAUGGCCACGGUGUAGGUCCUUGGGCACUCACCUGCUCCAUGAAAAAGGCGGAUGGCAACCGGCUCCAAUUCGACUGGACUGGCACUUCUCCACAGAGCGAGCGUGGUAUCAACUUUUAUCUCUCGGAGACAAUGUUCAAGAUGUUCAUUGGUUACUACCUCAUCGCAGCGGCCGCCCCAGGUACGGUCAUCAAUGACGGUUUCCAUGACUUGAUUGAUGUGCACAUUCCUCGAGGAUCGGUCCUCAGGCCUGUUCGCCCUGCGCCAAUCUCAUGCCGAACCCAUUUCCUUGGACGGACCUUGGACAUUGUGCAAGCCCUCAUUGGCCAAAAGCAAGACUCCUACCAGGCUGCAGCGGGAUUCAGUGAUUCACCUCACUUCUUUUACUCUGGAUUUAAGGCGGACGGGGAGUGGUACCAACUGUACCAGAUUGGAUUUGGAGGUGUGCCUGCACGGCAAGCCGGUGAUGGCCCCGAUUGCCACUGUCUCUUCCCCGCCAUCAAGUCCAUCCCCACAGAGAUCAUAGAGCUCAACUACCCGUUGCGCAUUGAAGCAAACGAGAGCGUUGCCGACAGCGGUGGCGCCGGAUUUUACCGCGGAGGUAAUGCCCAGCGCACGUUAUACCGAUUCCUGGCUCGUGGGGAGUUUAGUCUCCACGAUGACCGAUGGUUCACCAAGCCAUGGGGGUUGAAAGGCGGAAAGCCGGGACAGCGAUCCCGCAAAACACUUUACCGGUACUCCAAGUCUGAGGUCAGCCCUCCAACUGAGAUUUUGCCUUCCAAGUGUGAUCGUAUUCGCGUUGAUCCGGGUGAUCUUCUUGAGUGGGUGACUUGGGGCGGGGGUGGAUUAGGUGAUCCCUUGACGCGUCCAGCUGAAAAGGUUGCCUUGGAAGUACACCGGAAGCUUGUCACGGUUGAUGGGGCUCGCCUUGCGUAUGGUACCGUGGUCAACGAUGAUUUCACUGUGAACCAAGCUGAGACUGAGGCAUUGCGGACCAAAAUGCGGAUGGAACGUAGCCAGCUCAGUGACUCCUCCACCUAUGACCGCGGUGGAAGUCUCGAGCAGUUACGGGAAACGUGUCUCCAGGAGACUGGCCUUGACGCCCCGUUACCUCAGUGGGAAACUGAAAUUUAUGGUCCUCACGCCGGGUUGCCAUAUGUGCAGGACUGGUUCACGACGAUGCGCUCACUCAAGGGUUGGGAACUUCAUUAG